CGCAGUGUGUUGGGUUGUUAGCUAGAAAGUUAGCUAAUGGCUGGGGGAAAGAGAUCCUCCUCAACCCUCGCUUUGGGAGAGUUUCAGGAUUUCCUGAAGUAAAAACACCCGAGUAUUCCACAAGAGAUACCCCUAAAGGAAGUUAAGGUCAACAAUAAGAACGCUAAUAUACGCAUUGUCAAUAUAAGUAUGCAGGAUGCUGUAGCCGGGACGAGAAUGCUGACGGACGGCUUCGAGGACGAGAUUGACUCGGUGACUCCUCGCACCCCAGCGGUAGGGAUGGGGGUCGGAGGAACACCAGGAGUUGGACUCCGGGGCAUAGGGAUUGGUGUGGGCGGAAAGAAAGUACGAUUAUUCGGCGAGCCCGGUGGGCCUCCUACAGACAGACUGGAUUUCAAACUGGCUGCUGCUGCAGUCCUUUCCUCUGGUCCCGGAUCCAACAGCGACGAAGACGAGGUAUCAGAGGUGGAGUCAUUUAUCUUGGACCAGGAGGACUUGGAGAACCCCAUCAUGAAGACGGCCUCGGAGCUGCUUUUGUCCAGCGCCACAGACGGAGUGGACCUCCGCACUGUCGACCCAGAAACACAGGCCCGCCUCGAGGCCCUGCUAGAGGCUGCAGGCAUUGGUAAACUGUCAACUGCGGAUGGUAAAGCGUUCGCAGAUCCCGAGGUGCUGCGGAGGCUGACGUCGUCAGUGAGCUGUGCCCUGGACGAGGCGGCUGCUGCCCUGACGCGCAUGAGAGCAGAGAACACACUCAACGCUGGCCAGGCCGACAACCGGAGUCUAGCGGAGGCGUGUUCGGACGGAGACGUGAACGCCGUGAGGAAGCUGCUAGACGAGGGGCGGAGCGUCAACGAACACACUGAGGAAGGAGAGAGUCUUCUCUGCCUCGCCUGCUCUGCUGGAUACUAUGAGCUCGCACAGGUGCUGCUGGCCAUGCAUGCCAAUGUGGAGGACCGGGGGAUUAAAGGUGACAUCACGCCCCUGAUGGCGGCCGCGAGCGGCGGUUACGUUGACAUCGUCAAGCUGCUCCUGGUCCACGGGGCUGAUGCCAACGCACAGUCCUCCACCGGUAACACGGCCCUGACGUAUGCGUGUGCUGGGGGGUUUGUAGAUGUGGUGAAGGUUCUCCUAAAGGAGGGGGCCAACAUCGAGGACCACAACGAGAACGGACACACUCCUCUAAUGGAGGGGGCGAGCGCGGGCCACGUGGAGGUGGCCAGGGUUCUGCUGGAGUACGGCGCCGGGAUCAACACACACUCCAACGAGUUCAAGGAGAGCGCCCUCACUCUCGCCUGCUACAAAGGUCAUCUGGACAUGGUGAGGUUUCUGCUGGAAGCCGGGGCAGAUCAGGAGCAUAAGACAGAUGAGAUGCACACAGCCCUGAUGGAAGCCUGCAUGGAUGGGCAUGUGGAGGUGGCACGGCUACUGUUGGACAGCGGGGCGCAGGUCAACAUGCCCGCUGACUCCUUCGAGUCGCCCCUCACCCUGGCAGCCUGCGGUGGGCAUGUAGGUCUAGCAGCUCUGCUCAUAGAGAGAGGGGCCAACCUAGAGGAGGUGAAUGACGAAGGUUACACCCCUCUGAUGGAGGCAGCCAGAGAAGGUCAUGAAGAGAUGGUGGCCCUGCUACUGGCUCAGGGUGCGAACAUCAAUGCCCAGACAGAGGAGACCCAGGAGACAGCCCUGACCCUGUCCUGCUGUGGAGGGUUCCUGGAGGUGGCUGACUUCCUCAUCAAGGCUGGGGCCGACAUCGAGCUGGGCUGCUCCACUCCUCUCAUGGAGGCUGCACAGGAGGGCCACCUGGAGCUGGUCAAGUACCUCCUGGCUGCAGGGGCGAACGUGCACGCUACCACGGCGACGGGAGACACAGCGCUGACGUACGCGUGUGAGAACGGACACACUGACGUGGCUGACGUUCUAUUGCAGACUGGAGCCGAUCUGGAGCAUGAGUCUGAGGGAGGGAGGACACCCCUGAUGAAGGCAGCCAGAGCAGGACACCUCUGUACCGUGCAGUUCCUCAUCAGCAAGGGUGCUAAUGUGAACAGAGCGACAGCUAACAAGGACCACACGGUGGUGUCUCUGGCCUGCGCUGGAGGACACCUGGCGGUGGUGGAGCUGCUGCUGGCGCACGGAGCUGACCCCACACACAGACUGAAGGACGGCUCGACAAUGCUGAUUGAAGCUGCGAAGGGUGGCCACACCAACGUGGUGUCCUACCUGCUAGACUUCCCUAACAACAUCCUGUCUGUCCACGCGUCCGAGCUCUGCCAACUCACACCCCCCUCACAAGACCUCUCUCAGGUUCCUCGUGUCCCAUUCCAGGCCCUGGCCAUGGUGGUUCCCCCCCAGGAGCCAGACAGAACCCCCUCCAACAUCACCACGUCCCCACCACCCGUCUCCAGCAAAGGUUCAUCCAAGCAGAGACAGGCUGCCCUCCCUCCCAGCCCUUCCAGUCCAGGGGGGGUACGUCCCGGCCCGGGUCCCGGGGAUGCAGAGGCCUUGCCCCCCUUCCACCUGUGCCAGCCCCUGGAGUGUAUCGUGGAGGAGACGGAGGGGAAGCUGAAUGAGCUGGGCCAGAGGAUCUCAGCCAUAGAGAAGGCCCAGCUGCAGUCUCUGGAACUCAUCCAGGGAGAGCCGCUCACCAAAGACAAGAUCGAAGAGCUGAAGAAGAGCCGGGAGGAGCAGGUCCAGAAGAAGAAGAAGAUCCUGAAGGAGCUGCAGAAGGUGGAGCGCCAGCUGCAGCUGAAGACCCAGCAGCAGUUCACCAAAGAGUACAUGGAGGCCAAGGGCCUGAAGGAAGAGCAGGAGGCAGGCCAGGGUUCGGGGCCAGGGCCGGGGGAAGGGGCCAACACUACCAUGCCUGGGGCCCUCACAGCAUCACCAGGGGUUAAUGUGCACACGCAGCCUGGGUCAGACACAGGGUCUGACGAGGAGGAGAACAGAGAGGAGGAAGAAGAGUUUACCUCGUAUCUGUUCCAGGAUGAUGAGGAGGAUGACGAUGAUGAUGAAGACGACGAUGAGGUGGAAGAUUACCCUAAACUACCCCAGGUGGACACUAUCCUCUACAGGGACGGACAGCAGCCCCCCCUGCCGCCCUCGCCCUCCCCCCAGCCCCUGUCCUCACCCCACUCCCAUCUCCACCCUCCUCCUCCCCCCCUCCAGACUGCCUUCGUGCCCAUCCAGCCCCUACCUGAGUACAGCCCGUGCCCAGCCGACUACCCAUGCCCUGGCACUACCAGCCCUGAGCUGCAGAGGGUACUAGUGGGCCGGCAGAUGCUGGGUCAAGGUCAGGGGUUAGGACCAGGGAUGGUAGGGCAGCAGGCCCCAGACGGACUCAUGGUGGCUACGCCUGCUCAGACGCUUACAGACACACUGGAUGACAUCAUGGCAGCGGUGAGCAGCAGAGUACCCAUGUUAAACACUACGACGUCGCCCACCCCCUCUGACCCCCUCUCACAGACCCCCUCCAACAUGGGCUCACCCCCCUCCCCACUGCCCCUCUACCCCUCUGUGGACAUUGACGCACACACGGAGAGUAAUCAUGACACAGCGCUGACGCUGGCAUGUGCUGGAGGACACGAGGAGCUGGUGUCUGUUCUCAUCGCACGAGGAGCCAACAUCGAGCACCGCGACAAGAAAGGGUUCACCCCUCUGAUCCUGGCUGCGACAGCGGGCCACGCAGGGGUGGUGGAGGUCCUUCUGGAUAAAGGGGGCGACAUAGAGGCCCAGUCAGAGAGAACCAAAGACACACCCCUCUCCCUGGCCUGCUCAGGGGGACGACAAGAGGUGGUGGAGUUGCUGCUCUUGCGAGGUGCCAAUAAAGAGCAUCGUAACGUGUCAGACUACACCCCUUUGAGCCUGGCGGCGUCCGGAGGCUACGUCAACAUCAUCAAGAUCCUCCUCAACGCCGGCUCAGAGAUCAACUCCAGGACGGGCAGUAAGCUGGGUAUCUCUCCCCUGAUGCUGGCAGCGAUGAACGGUCACGUGCCAGCGGUCAAGCUGCUGCUGGACAUGGGCUCAGACAUCAACGCUCAGAUCGAGACCAACAGGAACACGGCCCUGACUCUGGCCUGCUUCCAGGGCCGCGCUGAGGUGGUCAGUCUGCUGCUGGACCGCAAGGCCAACGUAGAGCACAGAGCCAAGACUGGUCUGACCCCGCUGAUGGAGGCAGCGUCGGGGGGCUAUGCUGAGGUGGGCCGGGUGCUGCUGGAUAAAGGGGCUGACGUCAACGCCCCUCCUGUCCCCUCGUCCCGGGACACAGCCCUCACCAUCGCUGCAGACAAGGGCCACUACAAGUUCUGUGAGCUGCUCAUCAAUAGAGGGGCUCACAUUGACGUGCGCAAUAAGAAAGGGAACACACCUCUGUGGCUGGCGGCCAACGGCGGCCAUUUUGAUGUGGUUCAGCUGCUGGUGCAGGCUGGGGCCGACGUAGACGCUGCAGACAACCGCAAGAUCACACCGCUCAUGGCUGCCUUCCGCAAGGGUCAUGUAAAGGUGGUUCAGUACCUGGUAAAAGAGGUCAACCAGUUCCCCUCAGACAUUGAGUGUAUGAGGUACAUUGCCACCAUCGCUGACAAGGAGUUGUUGAAGAAGUGCCAUCAGUGCAUGGAGACCAUCGUCAAAGCCAAAGACCAGCAGGCUGCAGAGGCCAACAAGAACGCCAGCAUUCUGCUCAAGGAGCUCGACCUGGAGAAGUCCAGAGAGGAGAGCAAGAAGCAGGCCCUGGCCGCCAAGAGAGAGAAACGCAAGGAGAAGCGCAAGAAGAAGAAGGAGGAGCAGAAGAGAAAGCAGGAGGAGGAGGAAGAGGAGCAGAAGACAACCAAGGAGGAGGAUGAGGAGGAAGACAGUGAGAUGCAGAAGCAGGACGACUCCGCUGAGGAAGUGGACCCCCCCAUCGAUCCCCCCAGUGCGACCACCACCACCACCAUCGGUAUCCCCGCCACCUUCAGCUGUGUGUUCGGCAAGAAGAGGGCCAGUGUUGCCACGACGACCAGUGCCAGCCGCAAAAUUAAGAAGAACAAGACCAAGGACUCGUCCCCCAGCGAACCAAUCAUAUGUCAGGACACACAGGUGGUGCUGGCACAGCACAAGGCCAACAAGAUCCAUGGGGAGCCACGGGGUGGUGGGGCGACAGGGGCGGGGGGCACCAGCGACUCAGACCCCCUGGACAGCACUGACUGUGCCAGUGAGAGUAGCAGCAGCGGGGGCAAGAGCCAGGAGCUCAACUUCCUCCCCGACCUCCCCUCUUCUUCCUCAUCCUCCUCUUCCUCCUCCUCCUCCUCUUCGUCCUCGGGUCCCAUUCACAGCCUGCUGCCAGGCCCAGAGAAGAAACACUGUCUUCAGCUACAUCCAGGCAACCAAGUCACCGUCUCCAUCUCCAAGCCUACACAUAAAGCUCCAGACAUGAGUGAGUUGACCCCCAGCAGCUCUGUACCGUCUCAGUUUAAGACCAUGUCUCUACCCAUCACAUCCCCCAACAGCAAGAGCCUCACCAGCCCCAAGAGGGGACAGAAGAGAGAGGAGGGUUGGAAGGAGGUGGUGAGACGGUCUAAGAAGCUGUCGGUGCCGGCCUCGGUGGUGUCGAGGAUCAUGGGUAGAGGAGGCUGCAACAUCACAGCUAUACAGGACGUCACGGGAGCACACAUUGACGUGGACAAACAGAAAGACAAGAACGGAGAGCGAAUGAUCACCAUCAGAGGUGGCACGGAGUCAACACGCCACGCGGUCCAGCUGAUCAAUUCUCUGAUCCAGGACCCAGCCAAGGAACUCGAGGACCUGAUCCCCAGGAACCACAUCAGGGCCCCGGGCUCCAAGAUCACCUCAGCCCCCUUCCCCACCCCCACUGGGGCUAACCUUAACCUCAGCGUCGGGGCCAAGGCCCUGGGCUCCCUGGUCACAUCCUCUGGGGUCUCCUUCCAGUCCUCUUCCUCUCAGACAGGGGGUAAGAUGGGUAAGGGUCUGUCUGGGGUGAGGCAGCCCUUCCCCGUGUCUCUCCCCCUGGCCUACGCCCAUCCCCAGCUGGCCCUCCUGGCAGCUCAGACCAUGCAUCAGAUCAGACACCCCAUGCUGCCCAUGGCCCAGUUCGGUGGGACCUUCUCCCCUGCCGCCAGCACCUGGGGCCCGUUCCCGGUGCGGCCGCUGAGUCCCGGUAGUGCCAACAGCUCCCCCAAACACAACGGUGGUAGUAGUGGGAACAACCAGGCCAGAUCCAACAUGUCUAGUCAUAAUGAUCACAUUAACACAUCAUCCACGGGCUCCUCGGUCUCCAGCCCUAGUGCCUCUAACAGUCAGACAGCUACGACUACAGGGUCACCCCACACCCCUAACCCCCCCCUGGGGCCCAGCCCAGCACCCCCACAUCCUUCUCAGUCAGGAAACAGCUGUUCACCUCUGACCCCAAGCACAUAGGGGUCCUCUGUCUCCAUGGUUACUGCCACCACUGUCAGUAGUAGUAGUAGUCACUCGGUGAGAGGUACAGGGUCUCCCGCCCACCAACACACGGGCUUAACGGCUACAAACACCCCUAACCCUCUUCAACCCCAGGUCACCCCCAUCUCUCAGCCCCCCAAGUCACCCCCCAGCGUCGCCACUGCUCCCCCAGGCAAGGAGAAGCUGACCCCCUCCCUCUCUCAGGAGGCCCUGUCCAUCUCAGUCAACAAUGUGGUUAGUUCAGGUAGUUUCACCGCCCCUGUCAUGGCUGCCCCCUCCAAACCUGAGCCCCGCCAGCAGCACCAACCCCCUCCUCUCCUAACCUCCUCCUCAUCAGACCCCCCUCCACCUCUCCUCCCUCUUCAGUCCAGCUCCCACCUCCCCCCAUCCUCCUCCAGCACCGUACCCCACUUCUCAGCUCCCGCUCCCCGUGUCUCACACCGCAUGCAGCCCCCGACAGGGCCCUACUACCAACACCUCGACCAGCAACAACAAACGUUCCUACCCCACAACACACAACAACAUGAGCACCUCAAACAAAAGCAGCCCCAGGCGACCCAGCCCCCCUCCAUGCCCCCUCAGCCCCCCUCCAUGCCCCCUCAGCCCCCCUCCAUGGGUCUGAUGAACGGCUCUCAGAUGCAGCAGCAGGUCCAUGGUGGGGCCAAGCCCCAGCAGAUGCCCCCUAACUUCGGCCCUGCAGCCCUCUUCAACCAUUUCAGCAGCAUGUUCGACAACAACAACCAGGUGGGUAACAACCAGGUGUGGGGUGCGUGUCACCUCCCUGCCCGCUCCCCUCCUGAGCAGCAGUAUUCUGCCCCCCCUGCCUACAUGGGACAGAUGGAUGGCAUGAUGGCCCCUCCUCCAGACAGCUCCAAGGCCCCUGGGUACCGCUCUGCCUCACAGAGGAUGGUCAACAGUCCUAUUGGUAAAAGAAAGGGACAUUUUAGAUGUAAUAAAAAAAAUUAUAUUCGACUUUGUUUGACCUUACAUUCUAUAUGUCCCAAACUCUCUCCUUGUCUUACAGCUCUGAGUCUGACCAGCUAUGCUACCAGUAUGUCUGGUAGUCCAGUCUAUCUCCACGGCCCAGCAGCUGUGGGCACCCCCUCCUUUAGCAGACAGCACUUCUCCCCUCACCCCUGGAGCGCUGCCACAUCAGGCGAGUCCCAGGCGGUGCCCCCUCCCUCCAAGGUGUCGUCGUCUGGCCCCGCGGCCCCCCCUCCCCACCAGUCCAAGCAGGGCCAGGGCAGCAGCCAGCAGGACAGGAAGGUGCCUCCUCCCAUCGGGACAGAGAGGCUGGCGAGGAUCAGACAGACCACCGUCAACCCUCCUCUCCUCCAGACCUCCUACACCGCUCCUGUAGGACAGGGAGGCAUAUGGUCCUUCGGGGUCGGCAGCGCCUCGGAAGCCAUGUCAGGUUGGUCUCAGCCCCUGAUGGGCAGUCACAUGAUCCACCCUGGGCUGCAGGCGGACCACACCUUUUCCCAGUACCAGCCUAUGGAGCAGGACGACACCGGCAUCUCUAACCCCGCUAACAACUACCACCAGCAACACAUCAACCACCCCAACAACUACAUGGACUUCCCCAAGGGUAUGGCCAUGUCGAUGUAUGGAGGGACCAUACUGCCUCCCAACCCCCCUAUGGGGGAGAGUCCGGGGGGGGGCAUGUUCAACGGACUGCACGCUGCUGACCCUGCAUGGAGCCCCAUCAUCAAGGUGGUCCCCAACAACGCAGACAACACCGACCCACAGCAGGUGUGGCCUGGUACCUGGGCUCCUCACGUGCACCUGAACCACGUCAACUAGCCGGCCGGCAUCGACAGAAAUCAAACGCGCACACACACACACACAUACACCACAAACAUGAAUUUAAUUUCCAACUGACAACAAAAACCAACAGAAUUGUAAAACGUGUUAACUUUAGUAGAGAACGGAGAACAAAGCAGAGUUUGGAGAAAUGGAGAGAAAUGAUCUUGACACCGUUCUUUAAUGUGCCUAACUCAAAAUAAGAAAUAAAGAAAUCUACUACCGUUUCAGCGAUGGCUGUUGUGGGUUCGGGAGGGAAAACUCUGGGCCCUAGUUCUGUUUAAAGUCCUGUUGAUGUCUGAUGAACAAACUGUCCAACCGGCUCCAUGCUCUGUGUAGCUUAGAUUUAGGACUUCCACCCACGUACAGAGUUGUCACUCUCCUCGGGGGAGGGCUGAUGAAGGUGAUGACGUAGCUAAUGAUACUCAGCCAACAACUAGAGGAUGAUGAUUACCUAAAGAGAGAAAGAAAUCAGAAUAUCUUUUAGUGGUAAAUACAUGUAUACUUGUUUACAUACUAAAAAGGGUUAAAAUGAGAGUACAUUUCACGUCGUAUAGUAGCUCUACUUUACGUAGCCUGUAUUAAUGUGAAAUAUUUACCUUAAUAUUCAAUAAACAUAUUGAAAUGUA